GUCGCGUAACACCUCCCCGAUAAAAGACCAUCUCAUCAUCAAAAGUCCUUCCCGGCAUUUGUCCCACUAAUGUUUCUGCUUCCUUCCCUCCACCUGACCACACAUCUUCACCGUCUUCUUUUUCGGAGAACUCUUUACUCUUGGUUCAAUUAGUUUCAUUUCCAAUUAUUGCGCGCCUUCGUUCAUUACCCGAAUCCGUUCUCUUUCGCGCCCCACUCCUCACAGACGAGACAAGGCCAGAUCCAAAUCGUACGCUCCGAGGUUCUUACCUUAUACUGCCUACCAUCUUCUUAUACUGUACCGCGCUCGUAUAUAUAUACGACAUCGGUAUUCAUUUCUAAUCCAGCAUGGUUCGUCAUAGGGACGAGGUCCCAGAGGAGGAGGACCAGGAAAUGGAAGAAGAGCUUGUAACCCUCCAAUUCGAUGAGCCUUUAUCAUGGCGCGCAGGAAAGCCAAUCGCAACUGGCGAGCUUCUUCGACGUCUAGAAAAACUUUCUAAGGAAUUAGUUGAUCUAGAUCAAGAGACCAUUGACAAAGAGUCGCUGAAACAUGUUGCGAAAGAGCUGGCUUCACCUAACCUACUUACCCAUAGGGAAGCUGGAGUGAAAGCCUUCACCGCAGCCUGCCUAGUAGAUAUACUAAAACUAUGCGCCCCAGAAGCCCCCUUUACGCCAAAGCAACUCAAGGAAAUAUUCACUCUUUUUGUCAAAACGAUCCUCCCUGCGCUCUGGGAUCCGAGUAACGCGUAUAAUACACAGCACAAGUACGUCCUGACGUCUCUUGCCGAGGUCAAGAGCAUCCUCUUGAUCAACGAUGUUACAAAUGCUGAGGAGCUUUUACUUCACCUUUUUUCAUCCUUUUUCGAUGGUGUUUCGGGGUCGUCAAAAGCAGCGUCGGGAGAACAGGUCGCCAAGGAUGUCGAGUUUCACAUGACGGAUAUUCUGGUGACUUUGGUUGAAGAGAGUCCUUCACUUCCACCGGCUGUAUUAGAUGUUAUUAUGGCACAAUUUCUACGAGCGGCACCCCCAGGAGGCCACAAGGAGAAAGCGGACGCCAACGGCAAGCAGACCACUCUUCUGCCCAAAGAGGAGCCUCCGGCAUAUGUAAUGGCCAAAACAGUGUGUAAUUCAUGCCCAGAGAAGAUGGCACGCUAUGUGGGCCAAUACUUUAGUGAAGUAAUUAUGGACGUCUCUGGAAAUAGUGGAAAUGUCAACGGACAUAGGGAUGAUGACGAUUCGGAUAAUGAUGAUGGUACUACGGGUCCUUCAGAGUCUGAUUUCAAGGAGUUGCGAAAGGCUCACCAGCUUCUCCGCGAGCUUUGGCGAGCAGCACCCACGGUAUUGCUUUAUGUCAUACCCCAAGUCGAUGCUGAGCUUUCUGCCGAUAAUAUUCAACUGCGUUUAUUAGCAACUCAGACCUUAGGGGAUAUGAUAUCUGGCAUUGGUGCUGCUGGGCCACCCCCCUCCCCGGAACUCGACCCGGCAGCAUAUCCACCUCUUAAGCUGAAUGACGAAGUUUUAGACCAUCCCGCCACAAGCAUUCUCACUACCCCGAAUUCCCCCCAAUCCUUCGCACAAACGCAUUCUCAAGCAUUCCAUAAUUUCGUUGGCAGGAAGAACGACAAGUCUCCUUUAAUCCGGGCAGCAUGGACAAUAGCUGCAGGUUACAUCGUCUCGACAUCUGCGGGCCACAUUGGGCUCAGCCGGGAGGACGAAUCAGUAUUCGUCAAUGGCCUGCGAGAUAAGUUGAUUGAUAACGAUGAAAAGGUUCGACUAGCUGCCGUAAAGGCCAUUGAAACUUUCAGCUUCCGUGAUAUCGUCAUCAAGCUAGCCGCCGCUGGGGGUGUAACUAAGGAGGGCUCAGUGCUGUUUACUCUCGCAGAUCGUUGUCGAGAUAAAAGGUCGUCUGUUCGUGUCGAAGCAAUGGCUCUUCUAGGCAAACUUUGGGCGGUGGGCAGUGGUGAAUUAGCAGCCGGACACGAACUGGUUACUGCAGCAUUAUCCGGCAUCCCUACCCGCAUAUUCAACACGUUUUACGCCAACGAUCUAGACCUGAACGUUUUAUUGGAACGUGUCGUAUUCGAAUGUCUCAUCCCCCUAUCUUUCCCUCCGCCUCCCAAGGCAAAAGGAUCCAAGUCGUCAAACGGCAACUCUCAGUCUCAGUCAGCCCCUGACUCUGGUUAUGACCAAGAUAGGAUUCGCGCCGAAAGGAUCCUGCUACUCGUGAAAGAUCUGGAUAGUAAUGCUAGAAGGGCUUUUAACGCACUGCAAGCACGGCAACCCCAGUUUGCAAAGGUGUUAGAAAAUUUAGUUCGCCAGUGCGAUGCAUUCAACGGAGGGAGUCCAGAGGGCAACGCGGAUGUAAUCAAUCAAAAUCUCAAAAAGACGAUCCAAUACUUAUGCCAGUUCCUUCCUGAUCCAGCCAAGGUCGAGGCGGAUCUACAUAACUUUGCUAAUUGGCACGACCGUCGCUGUUACCAGCUGAUCAAGUUUGCAGUCUCUGCGGAGAGCGAUUUUAAGACGGUGCAUAGAGCCAUUAAGGAAUUUGUCAAGAGGGUCCAAGGCUCACCAAAACCUCAUAUGUUGGACACUUUAUUGCCUCUGCUUUACCGCUCUGCCUACAUUGUGUUGAACAAGAGUCACCUCUCGACCUACAUGGACUGUUCGAAGAGCGACAAAGACGGGCUUGGAGCGGCUGCUCAGGAGAUUACCACCGAGAUUUCCCAAAACAAUCCAGACUUAUUCAAGACACACGUUGGGCAGCUUUGCAAAGACCUGGUAGACGGUGCGCCAACCGCUGAUCGGACGAACGAGGCUACGAUGGUCGAGACGUUGAAAGCCUGCUCCUCGUAUUCGAAAAAGUAUCCCAAUGAACUUCCAGAUGACCGCAAGUUUUUUCAGGCACUAAUGAAUUACGCCUUGCACGGAGAGCCGGCCAAAGUCGCAAAAUAUGCAGUUAACGUCAUGAUGGCAAGAAAAGACGACAGAAGUAUGGUUUCGGCGACGGACUUAUUACAAAGAAUCAUGAAGAAUUGGGGAUAUGACUCGCCUCAUUUCGUAACCAAACUUGCGGCUGUCAGCCAGCUAGAGCUUCUAGCGCCUAAGGUGACAGCGGAUGCCAAUGAUCAAAUCAUUGACACAGCGCUAGAGGAUAUAUUACUUAAAGUUCGUACAGAUGCCAAAGAAUCAGACCCUGAGUGGGUUGCCGACUCUGAACUUGAUGAGGAGUGUCAAGUCAAGUGUUGGGCACUCAAGCUAGUAGUCAAUCGCCUUCGAGGCAUUCGAGAUUUAGAAGAGGCAAAGGAGCUAGCCGUACCAGUCUUCAAGCUUCUUCGAAGUCUCCUAAAGCAAGCUGGCGAACUAUGUAAGACCAAGGAUACCCCUAAACACCACAAGUCCCGCUUGCGGCUGCUUGCCGGCCAGCUCUUUCUGAAACUGUGUACCUCGAAGCACAUAGAAGAAAUAUUUUCGCAUACCGACUUUAACCAACUGGCCUUCUUAACGCAAGACCCAACCGCUAUGGUCCGUCGCCUAUUUGUUGAGAAGCUCCAGAAGUAUCUCGUACAAAAUAAGCUGCGACCUCGAUUCUACACUAUGAUUUUUUUGACGGCUUUCGAACCGGAUACGGCUUUCAAGAGCCAGAUUGAAACUUGGAUACGGUCUAGGGCUCGUUACUUCCGAGACGUCAAACAAAACGUCAUGGAAUCAACAAUGGCAAGGUUGAUCUCCUUGUUGGCGCAUCACCCAGAUUACGGGACGGAAGUAGAUGAUUUGGUAGACCAUGCCAGAUACAUACUAUACUAUGUUAGCAACGUUGCUACGGCAGAUAACUUUGGGAUGAUAUUUAAAUACGCUGAAGCCGUAAAGCAAACUAGGGAUGGCAUUACUCCUGAAGAGAGUGAAAGAAUCUACGUCAUCAGUGAUCUCGCCCAGAGCGUCCUAAGGAAAUGGCAGGAAAAGAAGAACUGGACUUUCCAGACAUAUUCUGGCAAGGUUGGUUUGCCUAUAGGACUAUAUACCGCGCUUCCCAGCCAUAGCGUAGCGCAAGAAAUUGCCGAAAAGCAAUUCCUUCCAGAAGGACUCGACGAACGGUUGGACGAGUUAAUAAAAUCAAUAGAUAAGAAGAAGAAACGGAGAGGUGCAGACGAACGUACUGAAGGGCAACCUGCCUCGAAAAGGGUUAGGACAACGGUACCAAAAGCCGGCACGAAACCAAGGACAGCGUCGAAGGUUACAAAACCCUCAUCAAAAAGGCCUGCUGUUAAAUCCGCGAAGAGCUCAUCAAAGUCUAAGAAAGCUACUACGUCAUCAUCGCCAGCCGCAGAUUCUGCGGACCGUAGGCGCAGUGGCCGCUCAAAAAAGAACUCAUCAUAUAUCGAGCGGGACUCAUCAGAAGACGAUGAAGAUAUGCUUGCGGGUGUAGCGGAAUGGGAAUACUAUGACGGCAGCGGAAAUCCUGUACAGAACGAAGAUCAAGAUUCCUCGGAGUUAUCUGACCUUGAGGAAGAGCCCGAGGCCGAGCCUGCAACCGAAAAGGGAGAAGCAGAUGAACCUGAGGGAGACGAAAGCGAGCUUAGCGAUGUUGAGGAUGAAGAGGAGGAAGCUCCUCCAUCGUCGCCGCCGCCGAGAACGAACGGGAGGAAAAGUCGUGCCGCUACUACCUCGUCUCCCGUUUCGAAGACUAAGGUCCUAGCCUCGCGGCCUGCUAUAAAAGCGAGCACGGCUAAGGGCAAAUCGCCUGCAUCAUCUAAGGCAAAAGCGAAACCGGCUCCUAAGGCUAGGCCCGUUAGCACUCGAUCUACGAGAUCGAGGAGAGCCGCGACACAGGACGAAGAUGAGGAUGGAGGUUCCGAAUAAGGCGGCGGACCUUUAACUACAAACUGAACUCAACAGGCUAGCUGUUGCGUGGACACGAGUGCAAUAGAAGAGGCGCUCUAGUUUGGAGAAAAUUCUAACCGAUAUGCGAAGUGGAAUUUACAGUUCAUGAUUCGUCUCCGGGUUUACGUCCUCUCCAAUGUGUAGGAGUAGCAGCUCCGGAUUGUAAGACGAAAAUACGAUAACGAGAUAGGUGGUUGAUCCAGGGUCAGGUUCGCGGAUGAGGUCUUUUGACUUACUGUUGUUGUUUUUUCUUGCUUUCUGUCAACAUACCAUCAACCUCCUUUUUAUACCCUUGUUCGUGUAGGGAGAAGAGAAGACCAUAUAAUGAGAGCCCCCCUGCCAUCGUGCGGUGAUUUCAAGCUUCCAUUCUUUCCCUUGAGUUGCGUGCGUAACGGUUAAAUGUACUUGUAAAAUACGACAGUGUAUAUAUACGAUGUUGCAAAAU